AUGGCGAGGCCACGGAUUGUACGGGCUGACACCCUUGACCUCCAAGACCACAACGCUCCUUCAGCUAAAGAUCACACGCGACAACCUACUCACUCAUCUGGAGUCGCCCCUCACCAGGAGCAAACCCUUCGCCAUGCGGACGAGGAUAUCAAAUCCGAAAUGAUGCACGGUCCCGGCGCUGAAGACGGCCAUCCGGAAGCUGGAUACGGCGAUGGGAUUGAUAUAUACGAUGACGAUGAUGAUAUUGAGGAAGUGGACGAACUGGGACACCAUCAUCACAAGGGUGAUUCUGGGGGUUCCGAGGAAGGCGAUCUUGCGGAUGGGGAGAGCGACGACAUGAUGGACGACGAUCUCAUGGACAAGAUCUCAAGCUCUCCAUCGAUUGAUGACGAGGACAUCGAUUUUGAAUUUGUUUAUGCCCUUCACAACUUUUUUGCGACCGUUGACGGACAAGCAAAUGCGGCGAAGGGUGAUACUAUGGUUCUCUUGGACGAUAGCAACAGCUACUGGUGGCUUGUUAGGAUCGUGAAGGAUGGCAGUAUUGGUUACUUGCCAGCCGAACACAUUGAGACGCCCACGGAGAGGUUGGCAAGAUUGAAUAAACACAGAAAUGUAGAUUUGUCCGCAACCAUGCUUGGCGACAAUUCGGAAAAGUCAAAGAAUCCGCUGAAGAAAGCAAUGCGCCGCAGAAAUGCAAAGACCGUUACUUUCACAAGCCCAACAUACAUCGAAGCAUCUGAUGUUGAAUACUCGACCGAAGAAGAAAUGGACGACGAUAUUUCUUUCCAAGACGAAGAUAUGGCCCGGGAGGAUGCGGAUCACUUACAGGAUGGUCAAAAUGAAGACAUUGUCGUCAAGCCUCUCAGGCCCAAGUCGAAGGAUAGAGGAUUCGAAGAAGACGACAUUCAGGAAGUGCAAGAGCCUGACAGCGCUGGUCUCGACAAACAGCGGUCCAGCCAGGAAAUAUUUGAAACGGAAGCGGACAAUGCUGUCAGCAGGUCCAGAAAUGGCACUGUGCGGAAUACAGACUCCUUCUUCAAGGAUGAUACUGUUGAAACUAAGAAGAUCUCUCUGACACCCAACCUGCUUCGGGAUGAAAACUCAUCCGGUGAGGCGAAAGAGAGUCGCGGCAGCAUGGAGGCGAUCGACAAGGCGCUCAGCGCUAUUGACAAGAACAAGGAUGACAAGAAACGCAAAGACAAGAAGCCAGGAAUGCUCAGCGGUCUGUUCAAAAGGAAAGAUAAGAAGACCAAGUCUAACGAUGAGGACACGGAUGAAGCGGAAAAGACCUCAACGGAGCUGUCUCGGACAUCCCCACAACCGAAGACAUCGUCGGAUUCUUUGUCCUCUCCCGAAUCUGCUCGAUCGCCCAAACCCUUGGUGGUGCAGAGACAGACCAGCAAGUUGCAGAAGCAACCCCCUUCGGCUAUGUCUCCAACUAGGCAAGACAUAUUCCAGGAAGCUGGUCUUCAAAGUCCCGUCGAUGCUAGAGAAGAGCCGAGACCAGUCAUGAGUUCGAAGGAUCAAACCAUCCGACAAGUAACAUCGGAAGAGGAUGACGAUAUCCCAUCAUCUCCUCCCCUGGGGCCUUUUGACGACAGCCAGGAAGCUAUGUUGUCUUCUGCCCGUGUGCCAAGUCCUUCAAAGAAGCCAGCUUUGACUCCACUCGAUCACCAGGAAUACCCAUCCACUGACAUCCAGAAAACCUGGGAGGAGGAUGUUUCUGAGAACACUUAUUCUCAACAACGUUCUGUGGCGUCUCCUCCACAGAGAUUCCCGCCGAAGCAGGUGUUGAACUACCAGCCCCAGCGUCUAGACUCGCCCCUCAGCGGUUCUCCGCUGGAAGGGCCGGUUUCACCUCUUACACCAGGAUUGGUGGCAGGCCUGCCAUCCCCUGGGAGACACUCGGUCUCAUCGGUGUCCCCGCCUUUAUCUCCUAUUGCUGGUGACAGCGAUCACAGAGGCAUCGACGCCGUACCUGCGUCGUUUGAGACUGCGUCUGCUGGAACACCGACUUGGAGCGAUGCUAGCUUGCGGUCGUACUUGGAUGACGAGAACGACAUCCGCGAUCUAUUUAUCAUUGUCCACGACAACUCUAACAUCCCGCCUGCCGGUCCUGACCACCCGAUUACUGGCUGUCUCUUCAAGGAAGAGAGUAAGAGGCUAAGGGAGAUGACCAGCCAGCUGGAUGCGAUGCUCGCUGAGUGGGUAGGCCGGAGGACGCGGAGUGCGGCGAGCAAAUAA